UGUUGCACCUGUGUCGGGGUCACGUGUUUUCUUGAAGUUCGAUUUUUUCGAGAUUGAUUGAUUGAUGGACAACUUCAGUUUGAACUGAAAAUAAAGGAAGAUUUUGCAAUCGAGGUCGAGAUUACAUCGCUCAGGUCUCGAUGAAAGGUUUUGUGUCGCAAGAGAAAUCAGAUGACAGCAUGGUUCCAAAUUUCUUCAUCGGUGCAUUGAAACGCGAAGAAUAAUAAUUAUUAUAUAGGAAUAAUAUAUAAUGACAGAUGAUCAUUCAUAAAAGGGAAAACAUGAUUGGCGACACGACGCAGAGUCAAAUGGACAAGGAGCUGAUCGCGUGGAUUGACAGCAUCCCUUUCUCGAAACCUGCGAGGAACUUGACAAGAGACUUUUCGGACGCCGUUCUCAUGGCGGAGAUUUUAAAAGUAUACUAUCCUCGAUACGUGGAACUGCAUAAUUACGUGCCAGCGAGUAAUUUGAACACGAAGAAGGAGAAUUGGAACACGCUGAAUCGGAAGGUACUCGCGAAGAUGGAUAUGAAAUUGAGCAGGGAUACGAUUCAUCAAUUGGCGAACGCGUCACAAGGCGCGAUCGAGAAGCUCUUGCUGGAGCUGAGGAUGAGAAUUCUGCGAGACGACGAAGAAAUGCACAAGCUGAAGGCCAAAGUGGAAGAAGAGAAAAUUGGAGAUUCGUCAACGAACGGCCAAUUGAAUUCAUCGGCAGAAAAUUCAAAUAAACUCAAGACCGAUAAGAAAAUUAUUGAAAUAAAUCCGUCGAAAUUUGUGCGUCUCAAACGAGGAUUUCUCCUCGUCUUCAGUUGGAUUAUUUGUCUUUUUUACAUAUGGAAAAUAUUUAGCUACUGCAAACUUCCACGUUUUGGCAAAUACAAACGCAAUGAGCUUGCGGACAUCGCGACAGAGCAAAUUCAGGAUGUACAUGAUGAAACCGUGCAUCGUGCAAUUUAUACACAGCUGAAACAAGAGUUACGCGAAAAAGAGGAAAUAAUAUGCACUUUAAACCAUAAAAUUGCCUAUCUAGAAAGUUCGAUGAAACUGAAAGAUCUACGCAUCUCCAGCUUAACUAUGCAAAUCCUGCAAAACGCUGUCGAGAUGGAGCAAUCGACGAGCGAUGAUAGUCGCGUUAAAUUACGCUCGCGAUUCCAUAAUUUUCACGAAACCAAAUCAAAUUAGAAAUUCGUAGCAAUUGCACGGAAAAUUGCAUCAUUAUGAAAAAUUGCAUGUCACGUUAAUUUUACUAUAUCGCAUAUAUAGUAGCAACACUUUCCUUUCUUUUUCUUUUACAUUUACAUCGUAAUUAUAGCAAAUAAA